AUGGCAGUAAAAAAAAGCGAUGAUAUUCUUAUCAUUGGUGCGGGCGUGUUCGGCCUUUCAACCGCCCUCGAGUUGACGAAGAGAGGAUAUACCAAAAUCACUGUGCUCGAUCGCCACGUUCCUCCAGUCGUUGAUGGAAGCAGUGUCGACAUCUCGCGCAUCAUUCGCGCUGACUAUGCCCACCCUGUUUACGCCCAGAUGGCUCUAGAAGCCUAUAAGGGCUGGACUAGCACUUAUUCAGGCUUCUACCACGAGUCGGGCUUCAUCUUGCUUUCCGAAACGCCUGAGAAUCCAUACCUCGAGGGGUCGAAGCAAAACAUCCUCGCCAAAGGCGGCUAUGUCGAUGAGUUCUCCAACAUCAGCGAGAUGAGCAGCAUUUACCCGAGCAUAGAAGCCGACCUUCCUUCCUCGUCAGGCUACCACAACCCCGUGGGGGGCUGGGCAGAUGCAGCAGGAGUUUCCUUCAUAACCGGUCCCAGGGGAACAGUGGACUCCCUACGUCAUUCCUCGAAUCGUGUCGUUGGCGUCAAUCUCGCAGAUGGAACACACCUCCUCGCAUCCCAGGUCAUCCUCGCCACGGGAGCAUGGUCAAAUCGCCUCCUCGACCUAUCCCAGACAGCCUCCUCCUCUGGCCAACCUGUCGGCUUCAUCCAACUCACGCCCGCAGAAGCCUCCAAAUUUGCCCAAACCCCGGUGAUGAUAAACAUGACAACCGGCGUGUUCCCCUUCCCACCUACCCCUGGAACAAACAUUCUCAAACUCGCUCGCCACGGCUAUGGCUACGCGACUGAAGCCCCCUCCGAAGCAACAGGGCGUUUGGUCUCUGGCCCCAGACGCAAUUCCAGCAACGUAGCGUCUGGGUACCUUCCCGACGAUGCGGACGCUGCUCUACGCGAUGGACUGCGUCAGCUUUUCCCCAGCCUGGGCGAUCGCCCUUGGUCGAAUCGGAGACUUUGCUGGUACACGGAUACACCGACCGGAGACUUUAUUAUUGAUCGUCAUCCUGUAAUGGAUGGUUUAUUUGUUGCUACAGGCGGUGCUGGACAUGCGUUCAAAUUCCUCCCCAUCCUUGGGAAGUACGUUGCGGAUUGCUUUGAGAACCGCGCUUCUAGAGAGAUUCGUCAGAAAUGGAAGUUGAAGCCACCGACAAAGGAGUCGGGGCCUGUUGUUAUGGCUGGGGAUGGGAGCCGUGGAGGACCUCCUCUUCGGAUGUUGUCGGUGUUGGAGCAGUCUAAACUGUAA